AUGGAGGAACUGAGACACAGAGGAAAGAAACGAGAAGGAAGACACAGGGAUACAUGGGAUCCAUUCCAGCUGAACCCAUAUGGAGCCGAGGAGGAAUCUAAGAGAAGAUGUUUCCAAAUUGCCCAGUACCUGGUGGCUGUUAUCGUGGGGUUAGCUGUCUUGGCCAGUGCCGUUGUCGCUAAGGGCUCUCUCUUGGUGUUGUCAACGAUGUCCAGUCCAACUUCCUUGCGAAGCGCAAAGGAAAAACAGUUCUACAUGCUGAUGUUGGUUUUCUGCCUGGUCUGGCCCAACUUCCUGGUGUUUAUGAAAUCACUGUGGAGAUGUGCCUUCAAGAGCUUUGUACAGCCCAACUUCAAGACCAUGUCAUUUAUUUGUGCCAUUGAGUGUCUGGUCUCUCUUGGUACUGCAAUCCUGGUGCUAGUCGUUAUGCCCGAGUUUGAUGUGUUGACUAAUCUCUUCAUCAGUGGAGGAGUCUGUAUUGUUUCUGCCAUUCUGCAGAUAGUAUUCAGACUACAGAGAGAGAAUUGGAAAAUCCUGUUCCCAAUCUGCUCCCUCAUUCUCACAAUUGCUGGUUACUGCCUCCUGGGGGUUGACUACUAUGUUCGUGUUACAUCAUACGUGGAUCGACAGAGCACCGACUGCUUUAUCUACAUUGCACUUGGAAUUUUCUCAUCAUUCCUCAUCUCCCUCUGCUGGUGGGAAAAUCCACUGCAAGCUACUAAUCGCAUGCAGGAUACGCUGUCAGAAUUGGACGGUUUCAGGGACUUUGUGUUUGUCAUCAGCAGUAUUCUGAGGAUAAUAGUGACAGGAGGGGUAUACCUGUUCUACCAUGUGCUUAUUGAGAAAUCCAUCAUCUGGUCGGACUUUAACUUGCAGGAUAACGACUGGGAAUUACUGCAAGUAGGAUUGGUGCUGUUUUUCUUACAGGCCUUCUGCUCAGCAGCCUGUCACUGGUUUGGUGUGGUGGCCUGUAAGAUUCAUGCUGUCAGAAUGAGUUUUGCGCUGCCAGUAUGCUGCACGGGACCUGCAGUGCUUCUGUUGGGAUUGAUACUUUUCAUGACCCAGGCAAAGGAAUUGGACGGAGCGCAGCAUGGGAGCAUCACAGAGUUUUGUGAAAGCUUGUCCUACUUGAGCCAUAAGAACACAACCCCUGUGGUUUUACUGGAAAUCACAAGGAGCAUUUGUCGAACUUCACUCAACAGCUACUACUUGCAAUGGCCUUUUUCAAUGCUGGCACUGGAGGGAGUGUGUAUGUGGUCAGGCUUCGUCACGUGUACCUACUAUGUAUGGAAGAUCAAGGUCCAGCGUAUAGAGAGAACGUCUCAGCUCUUUGUUCGUCGACUCUAUGAAUCCGCUUUCAUUGACCUGUCUCUGCUACUCAACACCAAGAUGAAGCUGCCACGAGCACGAAACCAAGAAAGCCACGAUGACAUACAGAGCUGUGUGAUCUAUCUUUGUGCCACCAUGUGGCAUGAGACCUAUGAUGAGAUGCUGAAAAUUCUCACCUCCAUGUUCAGGUUGGACCGCUAUCGAGGUGAUCCAAAAGAGGACCAUAAGGACUGUUUUAACUUUGAGUGUCACAUUUAUGUAGACGAUGCCUACAUGACUGAGAAGGCAACAGGAAAGAGGCUGGUUAACUCUUACGUCACUGACUUGAUCCAUGUUGUCAUAGAGGUUUAUAGGGUGUUUACCAGCAAAGAACCAGAUGAGGUGUCGAUCAUUAUGACUCCCUACGGUGGCAGGCUGAUGUUUGUAAUGCCAGAUGGCAACAUGCUCUAUGUUCACCUAAAAGACAAAAAUCUCAUCAGGAACAAGAAAAGAUGGUCCCAGAUUAUGUAUAUGUACUAUCUACUCGGCUGGAAGGGCUACAUCGUCAAGAACCCCCAGAAGAUCACACGCCAGAAUAACCCAUGCAGAGACAGUAUGGUCUCUAUGUAUGGAGAGAUUUAUCUGUUGCCUCAGUAUGACAACGACUACAGGAGAAAAAACAUCUCAGAUGACAACACUUACAUCCUGGCUCUGGAUGGAGACACAGACUUCCAACCUAAAGCUGUGAUUCUGCUUGUAGACAGAUUGAGGAUGUAUGACAACGUGGGUGCAGCAUGUGGUAGGAUCCAUCCUACUGGUAUGGGUCCCAUGGUUUGGUACCAGAAGUUUGAGUAUGCAGUAGGCCACUGGCUACAGAAGACCUCAGAGCAUGUGUUUGGCUCUGUGCUGUGCAGUCCAGGAUGUUUCAGUCUCUUUAGAGGAUCGGCAUUAAUGGAUGACAAUGUAUUGAAGAGAUACACAACAACUGCAAACAGAGCUUCGGAAUAUGUGCAAUAUGAUCAAGGGGAGGAUCGUUGGCUGUGUACUUUAUUGCUGCAACAAGGGUGGCGUGUCGAAUACAAUGCUGCAUCAGAUGCAUACACUAAUUCACCACAGGAGUUCAAAGAGUUCUACAACCAGAGGAGGCGAUGGGGACCAUCUACACUGGCUAAUACACUGGACCUUCUGCACAGUGGUGCAGAGACAGUGAAGAGAAACUCGUCCAUCUCCAAGCUUUACAUCUUCUACCAGAUGUUCACCGUUAGUUCCUCUAUCCUGGGUCCAGCCUCUGUGACUCUCAUGAUAGCAGGUGCUUUCCAAUUUGUCUUCAAAAUGGUUGGUACACUUUCCAUCAUCGUCGCAUGCAUUCCUCCGGUCUUCUACAUCAUUAUCUGUUUUACAACCAAGUCCAAUACCCAAAUAACCAUCGCUGCCAUUAUGAGUGUGCUGUACGCCUUCCUCAUGACUGCAUCCUUCUUUUCCAUCAUUGGUGAUAUGGUGAUUCAGGGCACCUUCCUGACCCCCACUGGCUUGUUUUUGGUUUCUAUGGCAAUCAUGUACUUAGUGACAGCUCUACUACACCCAGAGGAAUGUGGGAUGAUUAUCUAUGGUCUGAUGUAUUUCAUCUGUAUCCCCAGUGGAUACCUCCUACUGACCAUCUACUCACUGGUUAACAUGCACGUUGUGUCCUGGGGCACAAGGGAAUCCAAGGACGAAGAGGAAGUGAAGAAGAACCAUAAUAUUCUGUGUGAUAGAAACUGUAAACUCUGCUGCUGGGACAUGAAGCUAAUGAUAACAGAGGAAGCAGAGAAUCUGAUGCUUCGACAGAUCACAGGCCAGACUGCACAGCAAGCCCCUCCCCUUACAAUCACCAACCAGGACUCAAUAACUCAACAGGCAGCUGCAAAGUUGGAGCCUCAAGCCAAAAUCGACACAACCAAAGAAGAAGCUGACGAAAGAGCUAAGAAACCUUCAACUGACAAACCGAACGAGAAGGCGGUAAAAGUCAAUGACUCUGCUUCCAGUAGCAGCGUAUCUGUAUCCGAGGAAGAGGAUAAUGAGGAUGACGAUGACCUAAUGACGGCUGACUUAGAGGGAACAGAGGAGCUUCCAGUCAGCGACUGGGUACUGCCGGUGAAAGAAGAGUUUUUGAAGAAGCUGACUUAUUUCAACCUGAAGAGAAAUCUACAAGAACAAAUACGAUACACACUCCGUAACAAAAAUGAGGAUGAUGUGUGCGAGGAGUUGGUCUUAAUGUUAACAGACACUCUUAAUGGAGAGCUAAGUACAGUGGGGCCUGAAGAUGUCCUGUCAGAAAGCCAGCUGGAGGAAUUACAAUAUGCACUGGAAGAGCAUUCUCGGCGUAUCCUCAGAAUCAGUCGGAUGGAGAAAUUAGAGAAGAGAGUAACCAAUGCAAUCAAGAAAACACUCACCGCCCCGCAAGUGCAAAGACUUGAUGAGGGUGAGCAAGACUUCUGGAACAAGUUACUCGAUCGCUACCUGAAGCCUAUUGUUGACACUAAAGCACAUCUGGAGGACGUCACCAGAGAACUGAAGUCACUACGCAACAAGGCAGUCUUCCUGUAUUUCAUCGUCAAUAUCCUGUGGGUGGUAGCUACCUUCUUCCUACAGGCCAUUGGAAGUGAUGUCCUCAGCAUCAAGAUCCCUAAAUACUAUCCAAACGGAACUGAAUCUGGAGAACCCCUCAAGGUGGAGCCUCUCAGUUUGAUGUUCCUGUUCUCUUUUGCUAUUCUUCUCCUUAUCCAGUUUAUGGCCAUGUUGUAUCACAGAGUCUACACUCUGAUCCACGUGGUGUCCUAUCGCAGCACAGAGAAGGACUACAAAGAGAGAGAAGAUGAUGAUGAUGCCUUUAUUCAGGAGAACCCCAGCAUCAGUGGACUUCAAAUUACCAGUGAAGAUCUGUAG